AUGCUAGCAAGGAACUGCCUGCUGCUGUUCCUUUGGUAUCACCUCCAGGAAGGCUCGGCCUCGCCGACGUCCCCCGUACGGCCGCCCUCCUUUCCACUGGGACCCGGCAGGAUGGCGGGGAAGGUGCGCGCCAGGAGCCUGAUUGGCCCUGUGAGGAAUGGGCCGGCUGGGUUCCAGAGGGUCAAAAGGGGCUGGGUGUGGAACCAGUUCUUUGUGCUGGAGGAGUACAUGGGCUCUGACCCGCAGUAUGUGGGAAAGCUGCACACCGAUCUGGAUCAGGGCGACAGCGCAGUCAAGUACACGCUCUCGGGGGAAGGGGCCGGCUCCAUUUUCACCAUCGACCAAACCACGGGGGACAUCCACGCCUUACGGAGUCUGGACCGCGAGGAGAAGCCUUACUACACGCUACGGGCCCAGGCGGUCGACCUCAACAGCAACCGACCUCUGGAGCCCGAGUCCGAGUUUGUGAUCAAGGUGCAAGACAUCAACGACAACGAGCCAAAGUUCUUGGAGGGGCCGUAUCGAGCCAGUGUUCCCGAGAUGUCGCCCGUGGGGACGUACGUGACGCAGGUGACGGCCACAGACGCGGACGACCCGACGUACGGGAACAGCGCCAGGGUGGUUUACAGCAUCCUGCACGGACAGCCCUACUUCUCCGUGGACCCCAAAACUGGCGUGAUCAAGACGGCCUUGCCCAACAUGGACCGGGAGGUGAAGGAGCAGUACCAGGUGCUCAUCCAGGCCAAGGACAUGGGGGGCCAGCUGGGGGGGCUCGCCGGGACCACCGUCGUCAACAUCACCCUCAGCGACGUCAACGACAACCCGCCCAGGUUCUCCAAAAGUUUUUUCCACUUGCGCGUUCCAGAGUCCUCGGCGGUGGGCUCGGCGGUGGGCAGGAUCAAGGCCCACGAUCUGGACGUGGGCAAGAACGCCGAAGUGGAGUACACCAUCGUGCCGGGCGACGGAGGCGCCAUGUUUGACAUCACCACAAACGACCACAACCAAGACGGGAUAAUCAUCCUCAAACGGUCGCUGGACUACGAGAGCAAGAAGGCGUACACCUUCAAGGUCGACGCGUCCAACGCCCAUCUGGACCCCCGAUUCCAGACCUUCGGGGCCUUCAAAGACACGGCCACGGUGAAGAUUAACGUCCUAGAUGUCGACGAGCCUCCGGUGUUCAAUAAGCCCGCCUACGUGAUGGAUGUCUACGAGGACACACCGGCGGGUACCAUCAUUGGCGCGGUGACGGCGCAGGACCUGGACGCCAGCAGCAGUCCAGUCAGGUACUCCAUCGACUGGAGGAGUGACCUGGACAGCUACUUCGACAUCGACCCGGUGGAGGGAACCAUCUCCACCAACGAGGUCCUGGACAGGGAGCGCGUGGCCUGGCACAACAUCUCCAUCGUGGCCACCAAGCUCAACAGUCCGGUUCUGACCAGCCGCGUGGCCGUCUCGGUCCACGUGUUGGACAUCAACGAGUUCCCGCCUGAGCUGGUCAGCCCCUACGAGAGCUUUGUGUGCGAAAACGCCAAAGUGGGACAGGUGAUUCAACUGUUCAGCGCCAAGGAUCAAGAUCUGCCCAACGCCGGACAGCAGUUCUCCUUCAAAGCAACGAAAGACGAAUUAAGGAACAAGAACUUCACUGUCAGAGACUUCGGAAACAACACGGCCGGCAUCGUGACCAAGCGCGGCGGCUUCCGGCGGCGCUCGCAGGAGAUCUUCCACCUGCCCGUCGUGAUCGAGGACAACGGCUACCCGUCCAAGAGCAGCACGGGGACGCUGACCAUCCGCGUGUGCGGCUGCGCCGCCGACGGCUCGCUGCUGACGUGCAGCGCCGAGGCCGUCUUCCUGCCCGUGGGCCUGAGCACGGGUGCGCUGGUCGCCAUCCUCCUGUGCAUCGUCAUCCUGCUGGUCAUCGUGGUCCUCUACGUGGGCUUGAAGCGGCAGAAGAAGAAGGAGACGCUGAUGUCGUCCAAGGAGGACAUCCGGGACAACGUGAUCCACUACGACGACGAAGGCGGCGGCGAGGAGGACACGCACGCCUUCGACAUGGGGACACUGCGGAACCCCAAAGUGGUCAAGGACAACCUGUUCCGCCGGGACGUCAAGCCCGAGGUAAAACGGGGCCCCAGGGCGCCCGCCUCCAAGGACAGCGCCGACAUCCGGGCGUUCAUCGACCAGCGGCUGAAGGAGCACGACGCCGACAACUCGGCGCCGCCCUACGACUCGCUGGCCACCUACGCCUACGAGGGCAACGGCUCGGUGGCCGAGUCGCUCAGCUCCGUCGAGUCGCUGGCCGCGGACGCGGAGGAGGACUACGAUUACCUCAACGAGUGGGGGCCUCGCUUUAAGACACUGGCGGGGAUAUUCGGGGAGCAGUCGGAAGCUCGCUCGGACUCUACGAACACGGAGCGCCCAGGCUACUCGCCCGCUCCACAAGCAAACGUGUAACCUUGUUUUGUCGGCGACGUCACCUCUGCGGUGGACAUUUUAAGACGCGCUCGUCUGUCGGGGUCGGGUGUCAGAUUGGAAAAAUGAAAAUGUCUCGGGAACGCAUCCGCCGGCUUUGUUCCGGUAUCGAACGUCAGCACGAAAUUCAUGAGGUGUCGGGGGAAAAUGGUUGUCAUGUUUAUGGAAAUUCACCAUCGGGUUUUACGCCCCAACAGUUUCGGGAAAGCAUCUCACAAUCGUGAGCUCGCAUUUUGUGGAAAUGUGUUUUUCCUUGGGACAACGCCGAAGAAAUGACAUGCAGUCAGCGUGCAGCUUAUAUAACGGCGUCAAUUUACCGUCCCCUCGACGCGCGGCCCAUCUUAUCUAAACUGCUUGCGACACCUCCAAGUGAAAAUGUCCAAACUGGGCCCAAUCAGCAAUAUUCCCGACCCGGGUACCACGAGACUUGUUAAACUUAAUUCUUGCUUUCGGCGUCUGCGUCCGUGAGAUGUCACAACGGUCCUCCCUCCCUCAUGCGCAAGAAAGCCCCACAAACAGUUUUACAGAAGUAAAAAUGCCGACAUGCCGAAGCCGAGGACCAGCCCCCCCCCUUGGAAACCGGUCCGCGGGGCAGGAUUCCGCUAAAUAAACCUCGGAGUGGCCGCAUAGUUGAGUUACCCUUAGCGCAGUUUCAGUUUCUUUCCGCGUGACGGUCGAUGUUGUGAUUCCACCAUCUUGACAGAUAUUUUCCCGAGACCAUUUUGCCUCGGUGCAAAUCCACAAGAAUUUUUUUUUUUUUUUUUUUUAAAAAAAAACACCUUUUUCCUGACAUCUGGUCACUGACGCUGUAAUUCGAUAAACGUGACAGAUCCGUUCCUGAUUCCCUUUGACGUCCUAUUUCACACCUGACUCGGAAACACGAGGAUGUCUUCAAAUGUCCGCUGUCCACCUUUUGUCCCCCUGGUUCUGUCUCUUACGCUGUUUUCAUGAUUGGUUCCACAAAUGUGAGCGAAAAAAAAAAAAAAAAAAAAACCAAAAAAAAAACAAACAAAGCCGAGAGCAUCCACCCACGGGAUGGAAUCGGUCAUUCGCCCG